CGCGCCCCGGCCCCGCCCCCGCGCCGCCGCUUCCGCCUCCAGGCUGGAGAAAACCAUGGCGUCUGGCAGCAGUGCCUGUGAGGAGGAGCGCAGCCUCCGGGAAUGCGAGCUCUACGUCCAGAAACACAACAUCCAGGCCCUGCUCAAAGACUCUAUUGUGCAGUUGUGCACGGCCAGGCCUGAGAGGCCCAUGGCUUUCCUCAGGGAGUACUUUGAGCGACUGGAGAAGGAAGAGGCCAAACAGAUCCAGAAUCUGCAGAAAGCGGGCUCCCGCACUGACUCGAGGGAAGAUGAAAUCUCCCCUCCGCCCCCCAACCCAGCGGUCAAGGGUCGGCGGCGGCGUGGGGCCAUCAGCGCUGAAGUCUACACGGAGGAGGAUGCCGCGUCUUAUGUUAGAAAGGUUAUACCAAAAGAUUAUAAGACAAUGGCUGCUCUAGCCAAAGCCAUUGAAAAGAAUGUGCUGUUUUCACAUCUUGAUGAUAAUGAGAGAAGUGAUAUCUUUGAUGCCAUGUUUCCAGUUUCCUUCAUCGCUGGAGAGACAGUUAUUCAGCAAGGUGAUGAAGGGGAUAACUUCUACGUGAUUGACCAAGGAGAGAUGGAUGUCUAUGUUAACAAUGAAUGGGCAACCAGUGUUGGGGAAGGAGGGAGCUUCGGAGAACUUGCUUUGAUUUAUGGAACCCCUCGAGCAGCCACUGUCAAAGCAAAGACAAAUGUGAAAUUGUGGGGAAUUGACCGAGACAGCUAUCGAAGAAUCCUUAUGGGAAGCACACUGAGAAAGCGGAAGAUGUACGAAGAAUUUCUUAGUAAGGUGUCUAUUUUAGAAUCUCUGGACAAGUGGGAGCGUCUCACUGUGGCUGAUGCACUGGAGCCUGUCCAGUUUGAAGACGGGCAGAAGAUUGUGGUUCAGGGAGAACCAGGAGAUGAGUUCUUCAUCAUUCUAGAGGGCUCCGCAGCUGUGCUGCAGCGUCGGUCAGAGAACGAGGAGUUUGUGGAAGUGGGAAGAUUGGGGCCUUCUGAUUAUUUCGGUGAGAUUGCUCUGCUGAUGAACCGUCCUCGGGCCGCAACGGUGGUGGCGCGGGGCCCACUCAAGUGCGUCAAGCUGGACCGACCGAGAUUCGAACGUGUUCUGGGCCCGUGCUCAGACAUCCUGAAGCGAAACAUCCAGCAGUACAACAGUUUUGUGUCUCUUUCUGUCUAAAACCUACCCGACCCCCUGCACUUCCCUGUCUUCCCCCCUCCUGUCCUGGCUUCUUGCCCCUGCUUUCUUGCCCCUCUUUGCAGCGCCACAUGGCCACUGGCAUUGCACCUUCUUGUCUGUUCCUGUUAAAAGUUGCUUUUCUGGCACCCAUUUUUAAUUUGGAGCAUUUGCAGAGUGCUCAGGCACAGUUAAAUAAACAGAGUUCUCUGGA